UGGAACAUGGAAUAAGGCGGAAAAGGCAGCCGCAGCAGCCCCAGCCUCCCGGAGAGUCCCUGGUGCAAUGAAUCUCGCUGCGACCAGAUUCAGCCCACAAGAGAAUAAACCCAGCAGCACUCACGCUGGCUAAUUUUAGCUAAUAACCACUCUGCCUGAUUGCUGUGGCAGCAAGUGAGAGAUGGAUAAGGUUUCCUUGUUGUGGCAUUGAACUGUAUACAUACUUCCUACUUGGACUGCUCUCGCAAUUCAAACCCAUCAUGACAGGCUCUACUUCCAAUGCCCACCACUGCCCCCAUCCCAAGGGAGCCAAAGGGGGCCGGUCAAGGAGCACCCAUGCACGGCCUGUCAGCACUGCCAACAACGGGGGCUCGGAAGAAGAAGACAAAGAUGGAGGGGUGCUUUUCCUCGUCAAUAAAAGUGGCUUCCCUAUCGAUGGGCAGACCUGGGAGAGGAUGUGGGUGCAUGUGGCAAAGGUGCACCCUGCAGGCAGAGAGAUGGUGGAGACAAUAAGGAAUGCUGCAUACCUGGCUAAACCUUCAGUGCCGCCAGUGCCAAACUACAGGCUCUCCAUGUCUAUCCCAGAAUGGCUUCAAGCAAUACAGAAUUACAUGAAGAUGCUGCAAUACAAUCACACAGGAACUCAGUUCUUUGAAAUUAGGAAAACAAGACCUCUAAGUGGGUUAAUGGAGACGGCAAGAGAAAUGACCAGGGAAUCCUUACCUAUCAAAUGCCUUGAAGCAGUUAUCCUGGGGAUAUACUUAACCAAUGGGCAGCCUUCCAUGGAACGAUUCCCAAUCAGCUUUAAAACCCACUUCUCAGGAAACUAUUUUCAUCAUGUGGUGCUUGGGAUUUACUGCAAUGGCCGGUAUGGGUCACUGGGCAUGAGCAGAAGAUCAGAUCUGAUGGACAAACCUUUGACCUAUCGAACUCUGACCGAUCUCGUCUUUGAAUUUGAAGAUUCCUAUAAAAAGUAUCUACAUUCAGUCAAAAAAGUAAAAAUUGGAUUAUAUGUCCCACACGAGCCACACAGCUUUCAGCCCAUUGAGUGGAAGCAGCUGGUCCUCAAUGUAGCAAAGAUGAUGCGGACGGACAUAAGGAAGGAGCUGGAGAAAUAUGCCAGGGAUAUGAGAAUGAAGAUUCUGAAACCCUCAAGUGCCCACUCUCCAAUCAAAGAGAGAUCACGAGGCAAGUCACUGUCCCCUCGCCGAAGGCAAGUCAGCCCUCAGAGACGGGUGUGUAGGAGAGACAAAUCGCCUGCAGUGAUGGACAAGAAAGUGGGUGAUCUCACUACAUUGAAUGAAGUGGGCUAUCAACUACGCAUCUAACAAAGCCAUAGGCCAGAUGGAGGGCUUCCAUGGUGCUUCUCACUGCACAUUACCCUAUGCUCUGUUGAAAGAAGGGGGGGGGGGGGAGAGAAACCGGGACUAUUUAUUAAGAACUUGUGGAUUUUAUUUAAAGUUUCACCUAGAAAAUAGAAAUUCUAGAAUGAUCAUGGCAGUAUUAUUUUUUUAAAUUCAAGUGACAUCAAUGAAAAACUAAAUUAUCAACAACAGGAUUUCUUCCCCCCCAUCAAAUAGGAGGGAACCACUGUGUUUUUUUUUUAAUUUAAAUAAUUGUUUCUAAUCUAAUUAAUUGGCUUUGAAUAUUGUGCUCCAUUAGUAGUAUUAGGAGUGUUGCUGAAAUAAUAUUUCUCGUUAGUGUUAACGUGCUGGGGUGCAGUCGGUUUAAACAUCAAGUCAAUAUUAAUUUUUUAUUCAGCAAUAAAAAUAGCAGUGCAGAGGUGGAUGUGACUUUUUAAAGUGUAUUACCUCAGUAUACAAGAGAUAUGCAAAAUUGACAAUUUUAAUUUUAUAACCAAUUUGUACUGUUUUCCAGCAUUUCUGGGAGUACUAUAUAACUGCAUUAGAUGUACCCCACCACUCUUUAUUAUGUGCAUGCCUAUGAAAAAGUGUAAGGUUUGAUGCAAGUGUCUUCUUGAAAGCACUGCUGUCUUAGAAAUACAAAGAACCAGUUGAGGUUUCUGUUUGGGUUUUUUUAAUAACUGACCAACAAUGAAUUUUUAAAAUUUCAUAAUUUUUUUAAACUUUGUCACAAGCUUUUAAACUUUGCAGACUACAGUGUUAAAGCACAAGACCUGGAGAUCAUUGUUUUUGUAGAGGCUAGCAUUUGCAUUGUAUUAACAGUCAAACUGUGUGUUCAGUCUCAGACUCGCAAGGAAAUGUCAGAAUCCGGCUUCCUUGAGAGUUUACUUUUCUAUCCAUAUUUGUGUGUAAUUUUGAAUCAUUUUGUCUUUUGAAGGUUAAACAGUCUAAGGUGGUGAUGCCUUUGUGUCUUAUAUUAAGAUCAGACAUCACAACUUAGUUAGGGAAGGUUCUCCUUUAUAUGCAUUACAGUAACCUUUAAAAAGAGAUUCUGGUUAGAGUAAGUGUAGCAAUAAUAGUUGAUUUUCACAUUUUUUUUCCAAGAACAAGUUUGUCUAUUCCUCCUUCCUUAUGGUGUCCUUUUACUGAUGGAUUUAACUAGCACUACGGAUGUAUGGCUGGCUUUUCAAACCAGCUGAGCUCCCAUUUAGGGACCUAAUGGAAGUAGUCAGAUUUUUGAAGUGGCCAGAUCUUCAAAGUGCUCAGCACCCAGGAGUUCUCAUUGAACUCUGGGAGUUAGUGGGUGCUGAGUACUUGAAAGCUUAGCCAUUUCAUUUAGGUGCACAAAUGGGAGCUGAGCUGUUCUGAAAAUCUAGCCUGUACACGGUAAGCCAUGCUUUUUAAAGUUUUAAAAAACAAACAAGCCAGAAACAUGGGGCACUGCUGCCUUUUGUCCUUCGGAUUUUCUGAGGAGCUGAGGUGGAGAGGUAAAGAAGACGACAAACAUAAUACUUACUAGAAUCUUACUAAGGCAUUUGGAACACUGUGAAUGAGCCAGUGAUGAAAUGGAUACAGAAGCAGAUGGGAAUGCCAACAGUAAUUUGAAGAAAACAUAGUCCUGCAUGGGAAAGCUUUUCAUACUGUGUAGUGGGCAAAUACUUAGAUAGCACAGGACAAGAUGACGAUACAAA